CCGGUGUAACAUUUUCCUGACGUUCGAGGUCACGUCGCCGGGUUCGAAGGCUAUUUCCUCACGUGGACGGGCUACCAUCGUCGCCGUUGCAGAAAGAAAGAAGGCUGCAAGCAAGCUAGUCUCAUUGCUAGCACUUUCUCCAACACAGAGCAGGAAUGGCAGGUCAAGCAUUCAGAAAGUUUCUUCCUCUCUUCGAUCGUGUAUUGGUGGAAAGAGUUGCAGCAGAAACAGUGACAAAAGGUGGCAUCAUGCUUCCUGAGAAAUCUCAGGGAAAAGUGCUGCAAGCAACAGUCCUAGCAAUUGGACCUGGCAGCCGAGUGAAGAGUGGCGAGAUUCAGCCAGUUAAUGUAAAAGUCGGUGAGACUGUUUUACUGCCAGAAUAUGGAGGAACAAAAGUUGUUUUAGAAGAUAAGGAUUAUUACUUGUUCAGGGAUGGAGAUAUUCUUGGAAAAUACACAGAAUAGAUGUUGGAUGAACUGACCAUUCCGUGAAGUACCUGUCUUUCUGUUCCAGUCUGUAAAUACUGUUUUUUUGAGCAUUGGUACAAUACAAUAAAAAUCAACAUCAAA